AGAGAAAGUGGAGGAGGAAGUUGAGCCGGAGGAGGACUAGAAGCAGGCUGAACAAAAGGGGCAACUCCCUCUCUAGGUCCAGCCCUGAGAUGGAAGCAUGAAUACCCUGUAACCCACCUAGAAUACAAGUUGCUUGGUUGAUACUUCACUCCUGUUUUUGGAGCUGGGCUGCAGAGAGAGGCAAAGGAGGGGUCUGUCAUAUAUUGAUUUGAUUUCCAGUGGAUAUUUUGAGACCAUUGCUGUUGGAGAGCAUAGGAACCAUGCUAAUGUCUUGGCACAAAGCAGCCACUUCUAACUUAGACCCAGAUGUGAAGAAGCCUACCCCACCGAAGCUGCUAUGGCAUCAGCCUAUCAACAUCUUCUUGGCCCGGCCUGUUGGCAUGGAAGAGCUGCACCAUGAAGCGGAGCUCAACCUGCAGAGCAUGCUCCAAGAGGAGCACGAAGAGCCGUACUCUGAAGGCCGGGUCAGUGGUCAGACCUUCCGCUACAACAGCCCCCUCUCUCCAGAAAGACCCCUUGACUGUAGUCCUCGGCCUCCAUCCGCUAAACGCCUUGAGUUUGUGUACAUGCCUUCAAACCAGCAAGUGAAGGAGAGCGAGUCCACCUCUCUUGGGGUCAGAUCCUUGGAACCUUCCCUUAGUUUGCCUGCCACUCCAAACAGACACACAGCCUGGGGCCGGAGCAGUGCUUUGCCUUCCGUGGAUGAGAAGAAGGCACACCAGCCGUGUUCAACCCAAGCCAACAUUGUCCCCAUCAACGUCUCCGGGCAGCCAUUCGCUAGGCACGCAAGUACACGCCAUUCCCUCUUUAACACGGAGACCGCAAUGAAUCCCAAGUCUUUGCUGCGGCGGAGGCGGACAGUCAUCGGCUUCCCUCAUCUCACCAUGCGAGACCAAGCCAACAGCAAUGGCCCCAUUCUCAACCCUCCAGCAACUAUAGCUGAGUCUGUCUCCUGCAACUUUGUUCCUGACGUUGUCAAUGGGAGAAGCACCACCCACCACAUCCGAUCCCCUCAGCCACGGCCACAGCUGAGGAAGACCUUCAGUGACCUUGGUGGAGUUCUUCAGGGAAGGUGUUGCCAGGUGCCCACGGGCCAUGCAGAAAACCCCAGGGUGAUGUAUGCCAGCCCUUCAUGCAACGGCCCCAAGGAGGACUCAGUCUUCUCUCCGGCUUGGAGUGCAGCCUCUUUCGGCUACGUGAGUCCAUCUAUGAGCCAAAGCGAGCUGGCAGCAGAGAGCGUGACUCCAUUGUCUCCUUGCAGCCCAAAGGGAACCCCAGACUCUGACCAACCCACCUCCUUCUUCAUCAGCAAAGACCUGGUUGUCGAAAACAAUGGGUCUGGGACAUUCUGUACUUCUCCCAAAUCCUCCAUACCUGCUGAAGGAGGCUCAAGGUGUGAGGAAAGAGAGGGCAAGGCCCAUUUGGCCCUCCUCAGCCCAGCGGAAGAGGACUGCCCACAAGUGGAGAGGGGGAGAAUCACGUGCAGGUUCCGCGAGAGGUCACUCUCGGUCCCUACAGACACGGGCUCCCUGUGCUCUAUGGACAUUGGGGGCAGCGAGACCUGUGGGUUGAGCUAUCCCAGCGCAAGUUCCGAAGGCAGCACAAGCACAGACAACGUCUCCCUGACGGUGGAGCAGGAGGCUCAGGCACAGCAACGACGGCAGCGCACCAAGAGCAUCUCGCUCAAGAAGGCCAAGAGGAAGCCCUGCCCACCGACCCGCAGUGUGUCUCUGAUCAAGGAUGUGCAAGAAGAGAUGGCAGAGAUGGAGGAUGAGGCUGAGCUGGAGGAUCAGCAUCCCCAAAGCCUGUUUUUGCUUCCUGAUGUGCAGGUCCACGGCCAAGGAGACGCAUCAAGGGAGCUGGAAAGUGUGCCGUACACCCAGCAGUGGUACAUGCCAGAGUGGAAUUCCAAUGAGCCCUAUUGCUCUCUUUCUGGCUCCAGCACCACCACUGGGACCACCAUGAUUGAGCUUUCCAAAGCACAAGGCAGCUCUGAAUCACUCCCUUCUCCCUCCAUUUCCCGGGCCACCACGCCAUCCCAGCUCUCCGCUGAAGUGAAUUUGAAAACCUCCUCUCCAGGGAGGCCAACGGGUGUCAUGUCUCCUUCCAGUGGCUACUCCAGUCAGUCUGAAACUCCAACCCCAACUGUCCCAACCUCACUGGUCCUCGGACACACACCACACCAGACCGGGCGGACGAGACCCCUUGUGCCUGAGAGGAAGUCCUCGCUGCCCCCCGUCUCGCCCCUGGAGCAGAGCCCUAAGUCGCGCCUCUCAUUCGACCUACCAUUCGCCCCACCAACACACCUGGACCUUUCAGGAUUGAAAAUCUCACGCAAAGCCAAGGUCAAAGUGAGCCGGCAUCAUUCAGAUUCCACCUUUGGAACCAAGCUGGGCCCAAAGCUGAGCCCCGUGCAGCCUGUCAUGCCCAUGGUGACGCAGCUGGACCUCCGCUCUGUCCGCCUGCGCUCCAUCAGCCGCUCCGAGACAGAGGAUAACCUGGAGAGCCCUGAACCUGUCGAGGAGCCCGGAAAGAAGAUCCGGCCACCAGUGGCAGAGAAGCCACCCCUCUCCCGGAGGCCUCCGAUGCUCCUACAUAGGACCCCGCCAGUCCAGGAAGAGUCUCCCACAGGCUCUCCAACAUCUCCACUGUCACCAAAGGAUGUCAUUUCCACAGGAAGCGUUUACACGAUGGCCAAGAGACCUGAGCACCACCAGUGGGACACAGAUGCCUGGGGUCCCGUGGAGUCUCCCUCCCCGGGGGGAGCGGUCUCUCCCGGACGGGACCCCCCAGAGACAUUUUUCACUCCUGUGCGGCAACUAUCUGAGGACAGCCUGGAGGAGGAUGAAGAGAUGAAGCUCAAGCUUCUGGGAGAGAGGAUGCCUGGAGAGGAGAGACGCAGAACCAAAGUCCCGCCCCCUGUCCCCAAGAAGCCCAGCAUGCUUUACUUGCCGUUGGUGAACUCCCCACUCCACCCAGGAGCCUGUUCGGGGGACACAAGACUGGACAUCAGCCCAGUUGUAAUGGGAGACGAGAACUCUGCUUACCCAAGACUGACCACUUGCAAGGUUUCCUCCCCUGUGGCUAGUGAGCCAAAUGGCAGCUCAACCACUACAGAUGGAUCUUGGGAGGACUUUUCAGGGAAUUCCAUGGACUUCAGAGCCGAAGAGAAGCGCUUUGUCAGCGACAAAACAGCGGAGUCUAUAACGGAGGAGGAGGAUGAUGUGUUUAUGACAUCCCGAACCACCGAGGAUUUAUUUACUGUCAUUCACAGAUCCAAACGGAAGCUACUGGGGUGGAAGGAACCCAGCGAUGCCUUUGGCAACCGGACGCAUGCACAGAUGCCCUCCAAGAAUGCCGGAGGGUCCCUGAGCAGCGACAACAUUGCGGGCAGCACAAGGGCCUCCCACAAGAACGAAGACUUCAAGGCUCUCCUGCAGAAGAAAGGCGGGAAGGGCGCCUCCGGCACCCGCACAUCCGCGGCCGAAUUGCUCAAGAGCACCAACCCUUUGGCGCGGAGGGUCAUGACAGAGUUCACUGUGGAUGGGGCCAUCCAAAGCCCGAAGACCCAGCCAUGAGUUGGUUGGGAGGAAGGAAGCUUCGUCUUUCCCCACUAGACCCUAAACCACCCCCAGGUUGGUCUUUGGGGUGAAACUGCUUCCCUUUGGGAGUUUUGCCAAAACCAGUCUUUGUUGAUUUGCUGGCCGUGAUUAACACCGUUGUGGUUCUUACUUCUGGGGCAGGGAGAGAGACUCCGGAUAUUUCUUUUUUUAAAGUGUCUUAAAUGUAGAGCACACCCAUCCCUUAUGGAAA